AUGUCGGACCACAGGGAUGCCGAACACAAACCCAGUGACGACCACAAGGAGGUUGCGCUGGAGAUGGAUCACAUAAAGCCCGGCCGUGGCAGUGAGGACCUCGAGGUUGCCGAGGCUGCCAUGGAUGCCGAGCUGGCCGUCUUGGAGCAGCAGUUCCAGCAGACCAAGACGGGGCGGGUCUUCUCCAUCGCCAACCCGGCCCUCUUCACCUACGUGCUGGUCGCCUUUGCCUCGAUGGGUGGUCUGCUCUCAGGUCUCGACCAGUCGCUCAUCAGUGGCGCCAACCUCUACAUGCCCGAUGACCUCCAUCUUUCCUCUUCGCAAGCCAGUCUGGUCAAUGCCGGUAUGCCGCUGGGCGGUGUCGCCGGUGCUCUCAUCCUGUCCCCUGCCAACGAGUACCUCGGCCGUCGCAUGGCCAUUAUCGUCUCCUGUAUUCUCUACACCAUCGGUGCUGGCCUGGAGGCCGGCUCCAUCAGCUUCGGCAUGAUGUUUGCUGGUCGUUUCGUCUUGGGUAUGGGUGUCGGCUUGGAAGGCGGUACCGUCCCCGUCUAUGUUGCCGAGUGUGUUCCGAGGAAAAUUCGUGGUAACCUGGUCUCGCUGUACCAGCUUAACAUCGCUCUGGGUGAAGUUCUGGGGUAUGCCGUCGCUGCUAUCUUCGUCAACGUCGAGGGCAACUGGCGCUACAUCCUGGGUUCGUCCCUGGUCUUCUCCACCAUCCUGUUGGUCGGCAUGUUCUUCCUGCCGGAGAGCCCGCGUUUCCUGAUGCACAAGGGCCGGUCCGUCGAGGCGUAUGGUGUGUGGAAGCGCAUUCGUGGCUUCGACACCUUCGAGUCCAAGGAUGAGUUCCUGGGUAUGCGCCAGGCUGUCACUGCCGAGACGGAGGAACAGGAGCAGACCAAGAAGUGGCCCUGGCUGGACUUCUUCACCGACCCCCGCGCCCGCCGUGCCAUGGUCUACGCCAAUAUCAUGAUCUUCCUGGGCCAGUUCACCGGCGUCAACGCCGUCAUGUACUACAUGAGCGUCCUGAUGGAGAACAUCGGCUUCGACGACAAGACCAGCGUGUUCAUGUCGCUCGUCGGUGGCGGCUCGCUGCUUAUCGGCACCAUCCCCGCCGUCCUGUACAUGGAGCGCUUCGGCCGUCGCUACUGGGCCAACGCCAUGCUUCCGGGCUUCUUCAUCGGCCUCCUGCUCAUCGGUAUCGGAUACAAGAUCGACUAUACCGUGCACCCCAAGGCCGCCGAGGGUAUCUACCUGACCGGUCUCAUCCUGUACAUGGGCUUCUUCGGUUCCUACGCCUGCCUGACCUGGGUCAUCCCCGCCGAGGUCUUCCCGACCUACCUGCGUAGUUACGGUAUGACCACCGCCGACGCCAACCUCUUCCUCUGCUCCUUCAUCGUCACCUACAACUUCACUCGCAUGAUGGACUCGAUGGGCCGCAUCGGCCUGACCCUCGGCUUCUACGGCGGCAUCGCCAUCCUCGGCUGGUUCUACCAGAUCCUCUUCAUGCCCGAGACCAAGAACAAGUCCCUCGAGGAGAUCGACGAGCUCUUCAACCGCCCCACCUCUGAGAUCGUUCGCGAGAACAUCAAGAGCACCGGUGAGGUCGUCAGCGAUCUCUUCCACCUCCGCCUUCGGAAGGUCUUUGUCCCAUCCCCGUCCCAUUAA